CAUACCUCCUAAUUUGGAUUCCAUCCGUCAAACCCGCAAUGCAAACCCUAAAAAUACCCAAUAGACUGCUGGUCUCGGCUCCAAAGAACUCGAAGGGAUGCGUAGAAGUCGGCGAGCUGCGCAGCUUGAUCCUGGAACUGAUGAAGCCCCGAACGGCCCAGAUGAACAAGAUUCUCCUGACCCGAAUGGUGCCCGCCACGCGGGACGAGUACGAUGAGGUCGUCAUAGACUGGUGGCCCGACUACGAGCUGUUUUCGAACUCGCACGCUAUCACCGACAUGAAUGGCAUACUGGUCUAUACGAAGAAAGCCCUCCAAGGCAUGCCGGACGACCUGAAGGCCAUUGCAGAGAAGUUCGAUUACGCUUAUUUCGCCUCAAAACUAAAGAAUCAGAAUAAAGGCAAAAAGUACUACCUGGUGGCCGAUCUUAUCCAGGACAUGACCGACUAUGUGACAAACUUUGGUCGCCUCUGUACCCACAUCAUUGAGGAGCGAAGGCGCAUCCACGAUCAGGCCAGCGAGACCCUCGACACAGCCGACAGGAUUAAGGUGAAGAUCUUCGACGAAAAGAGCUUCGUCCGGCUGCAGACGCGACUCACCAGCCUGAGGAACUUUGUCCAGGAAUUUUGUGCUCUCUUCGAGAUCCCCUUGAAGGCGCCAGAAGAGUCCAACGUCGAACCCUUCAAUAAGUUUGCCAAUCUCCAGAAACCAAUUCAAAAGACAGCCAAAGCUACAGACAAAGCCAAGGCCCAAAGUUAAGCUCCUUCGAUCAGGAAGUCAGCUCGUUGUCUCCUUUUCCCAAGGCGUUACUUCAUUGUGCUUUUACCGAGCCUGAUAUACAGAUACAUUUUGUACACGUAAGGCUACAGAUACAGAUGCGGAUUCACGGCUCCUGCUCGGGCCGUAAUAAAGAGUUCGCCUCCAGUGUAUUGGAGUAUCUGGGAAA